UCUGAAAUUGAAACUGAUUGUGGAAAUGUAGCAAGCAUUGUGGAAUAUUUCAUAAAAGUUGCUAAAUAAUAAUUUUUUUUGUUUUGAUAAAGUACAACGGUUUCAAUCGGAGAAUAUUUAUUAUAAACCUAUUAAAACCUUGUAAUUAUAUUAAAGAAUACUUAAUAUAUUCGUCAUGCAAAAAUUUUUGUACUUGGCUUUUAUUUUUGCAUUUUUCACACAAAAUUUUCAUUUUGGCGCAAGUCGAGGAGCUUCGCAAUCUAGAUCGUCUUUUGUUGGAAAACGAAAUAGUAACAUGGGACACAAUAUUCCUACAACUUCAUCGACCAUAUCAGGCCCCUUGACUUCAAAGGAAUACUUGCAAGAUAAAGGAACUUUUUCAGCAUUCACUUUAAUCUUAGUUAUAAUUUUAGUCACAGUUUUAGCACUGGUUGUUUAUUAUAGUGUGUUGUGCUACCCGUUUCUUUGUCGAACUGAAAAGAAUUACCAAUUUAUGGAUGUCUCUUCAACAAUAACAAGCGCAACUUCCAGAUCAAUGCAGUCUAUUGAAAAUUUUCCGACCGGAAAAUCUGAAAAUUAUUUAGUUAGCCAAAAAUCUAAUGAGAUUUUUUCUUCACCACCGGUUGUUUCUGAAAAGCACAUUAAUCGAAAUUUUAUAUCAGAAAAUCAAAAUGUACAAAACCUUUGAAAUUUUGGUAAAAAUCGUGUUUUGAAAAGUUUGGAGGUUAAAACAUUGUCGUAAUGAUCUCAAUGUUUUUAUAAGCGUUUGUCUAGUAUCUAGUAAUAUCUUAAGCCAUAUAUUUCAAAUUAUCAGUAUUGAAUAGGAAACAGUAAAAAUGGGUACAUAUACAUAUAUAUUUUUAACAAUUAAAAAUAGAUUCCAAGUCUUCCAAAUACAUGUUGCAAUACUUCAAUUAUUAUUAACAUUUCAAAACGUGCAUUUUGUAAGAUUUUCGAAAAUUAAGUAUAACAAUAAAUAUAUUAGAUUUUAAAUUUAUUAUUAGAGAUUAAGCUAGCUUUUACAAUCUCAUUUUUCAGUUCCAAAAGUUAGGUUUCAAAUCGGCAAAGCAUUUUUAAGUGUUAAGGCAGCCAUUGAAAAUUUUUAAAUUUUUCAUGCUCAUUAUGAAGGAAAAGUUGUCUUAACUCUUAUUUUAGUUUAAAGUUGAUUAUUAACUGAAAUAUUUAUUUUUAAGUACAACAAUUAACAGAUGAAUUCCCGAGAAAAUUACAAAAACUAAUAAAAAAAAAGUGCAGCUGAUUCAGCAGCGCUAGCCUUUAUAAUGUAAAAAUUUUUGUGAUAGGUUAAGAAUGUUUAUGAACAAACUUGAUUAGCGAAACUUGUUUAUAAACACAAAUAUAGCACAGUUUUCGCUAUAUGAGACCUAUUAUUAGAUACAUGCAAAAUAUAUUUUUAAGUAUUCCUUAUUUUAUUAAUCCAAAAUUGUUCCUCGUAAACCGUAAAUAUCUUUACUACUUGUCUGAGAAAAAUUAAAAACCUAGUGAAAUAAUUUAAAAAUUGGGUAGGCAUUUAAAUACUAUAAAUAUUUUUCUUUUAUUUUUUUUUGAAAUUAAACCAAAGAUAUUUCCAAACACUAAUGAUAAACAUUUUGCAAAAAUGUAACUCCAGUUACAUACAUACAUAUGUACAUACAUAUAUUAUUCUUCCCAAACCCCACAGCUAAGUAGAAUAAGGCUAAAUAUGAAGGAUCAUAUGCAGGUAUUAGAUAAUUAGUAUUCUUGAUCUACGAGGAACCAGUUACUUUGAAUCCUAAUACAUAUAUACAAUUUGCUUGCGUUGGAAGCGAGACACUAGGGUGAUGUUAAAAUUUGCUAAAACAUAAAAAAUUUGACCUUUUUAAUUUGUUAGAAGCUACACUUGCUAUAUAUCGAAUAUAAUUUAUAUUGGCUUCAUUUUUUUCUCAUAUAUCCAUCGAAUGCGAAUAAUAAUUAAUCGUUACAUCGAGGAUUCCAAGUAACUGGUUCCUCGUAGAUCAAGAAUACUAAUUAUUUAAUACCUACAUAAGAUCCUUCAUAUUCAGCCUUAUUCCACUUACCCGUGGUGUUUGGGAAGAAUAAUAUAUGUAUGUAUAUACUUAUGUGUGUAUGUAACUCCAUUUUGCAGUGUUUAUCAUUAGUGUUUGGGAACAUCUGGUUUAAUUUCAAAAAAGAAUAAAAGAAAAAUGUUUUAUAGUAUUUAAAUGCCUACCCAGUCUUUAAAAUACUUCGCUUUGUUUUUAAUUUUUCUCAGGCAUGUAGUAAAGAUAUUUACGGUUUACGAGGAACAAUUUUGUAUUAAUAAAAUAAGGAAUACUUAAAAAUGUAUUUUGCGUGUAUGUAUCUAAUAAUAGGUCUUUUCGUAAACGCAGUAUAUCGCGAUAUAUAGCGAAAACUGUGCUAUAUUUGUGUUUAUAAAAAGUUUCGCUAAUCAAGUUUGUUCAUAAACAUUGUUAACCUAUCACAAAAAUUUUUACAUUAUAACGGCUAGCGCUGCAGAAUCAGAUGCACUUUUUCUUACUAGUUUUUGUAAUUUUUUCGGGAAUUCGUCUGUUAAUUGUUGUACUUAAAAAUAACGAAAUUUGUUUUUGUUUCAGUUUUCUUUUUUUUUCUAAAAUUGAAUUUUCCACUGUUUGGCUCAAAAUAAUUUUUUUUUGUUAUCGACAUUUUUUGCUCAUGAACAUAAUACUGGAAAUUCCAAAUAGCAAAAGUUUUUAUAUAACUGUUAAAAAUAUAUUGCGUAUGUAUCACAUUAUUGUUUUGCUGUAUUGUGUUUAUGAAAAUACCUAAUACAUCGAUAGCUGACAAAUAAUAAUUUUUGAAGCCAACAUAAUAAUUGUUUUUUUUUUUGUUUUAAGUUUUUACAAUAUAAAAAAUUUUGCCAGAAAUGUUUGGAAAUUAUGGUUGGGAAAUAUGAAUAUAGAAAUUUAUUUGAAUUAUUUUUUCUAUAAAAAAUUUAUAAUUUUUCAACAAUAUACACACAUAUUUUUUAGACAUACAUUAUUAUUUCUUUAAAGUUAAAAUAAAUUAUGUUUACUUAAUAUAAAAUAUUCAUUAUACAUAUAUUAAAUUAUUGAUAGGAAAACAAAAUAAAAUUUAAUU